GAGUUUUUCAUCGUCAUGCCACACCCAGCCAAGUCGGCCCCGGCCCCCAAAAAGGGCUCCAAGAAGGCGGUGACCAAGGCGCAGAAGAAGGACGGCAAGAAGCGCAAGCGCAGCCGCAAGGAGAGCUACUCGGUGUACGUGUACAAGGUGCUGAAGCAGGUGCACCCCGACACCGGCAUCUCGUCCAAGGCCAUGGGCAUCAUGAACUCGUUCGUCAACGACAUCUUCGAGCGCAUCGCGGGCGAGGCGUCGCGCCUGGCGCAUUACAACAAGCGCUCGACCAUCACGUCCCGGGAGAUCCAGACGGCCGUGCGCCUGCUGCUGCCCGGGGAGCUGGCCAAGCACGCCGUGUCCGAGGGCACCAAGGCCGUCACCAAGUGCACCAGCGCGCCACGUAAUCCUGACAAAAUGUCUUCGUAUCGAAACCCCAAAGUCUCUUUUAAGGGCCAGCCAGUUUUUCAGCGAGAGUGGUAA